AUGGCGGAACCAAAAUCUCAGGGGGUUUCGACCUUCCGUAAGUUUGUCUACGACAUUGUGCUUUGGAUAUUUGACCGCAUCUUCGACUGCUUCUUCAGAGAGAUUCGCACCCGCGGGGCGUUCCGCGUGCCACGCACGGGCGCCGUCAUCUUUGUCGCGGCACCGCAUGCGAACCAGUUUGUGGAUCCCGGUAUUCUCAUGGGCCAGGUGCAAAAGGAGGCGAGCCGUCGAAUCUCCUUCUUGGUGGCCGACAAGUCCUACAGGCGGUGGGACAUUGGCUUGUUUUCGCGAUGCCAGUUGGCAAUUCUGGUGAAGCGUGCGCAAGACAACUUGCGCAAAGCUACCGGCAAGAUCAAGCUUGACUUUGACGCAGACCCGUUGCUUGUGCGCGGCGUGGGCACCAAAUUCACCAAGGAGUGCACGGUGAAGGGCUUGAUCGCGCUCCCUGAGUCGCUCGGGACCACGGAGAUCCUGGAGAUUCUCUCCGAUACGGAAUUGCUCGUCCGCAAGGAAUUCAAGCGUAACGACAAGACUGUGGGAUACCUCGCGAAGGGUACCAACUUCAAGGUUGCCGACAAGGUCAACCAGAAGGAGGUGUACGAGAAGGUAUUCAGCCACUUGUCGCAGGAACAGUGCAUCGGGAUUUUCCCGGAGGGCGGGUCGCACGACAGAACGGAUUUGUUGCCGUUAAAGGCUGGGGUCGCUAUCAUGGCGCUCGGGGCCAUGGACCACGACCCGAAGUGCAACGUAAAGAUUGUCCCAUGCGGGAUGAACUACUUCCAUCCGCACAAGUUUCGGUCCAGAGCGGUGGUUGAAUUCGGCCGCCCGAUCGAGAUCAACCGCGAGUUGGUGCAGAGAUACGCGAACCCGGAAUCCAACAGGGAGGCUGUGCGCGAGUUACUCGACACGAUCACUGCCGGCUUGAAGGCGGUCACCGUUACGUGCACGGACUACGAGACGCUUAUGGUGGUACAGGGUGCGCGCCGCUUGUACGCGGGCAAUUUUGGCAACAAGAUCCCAUUGCCGUUGGUAGUAGAGUUCAACCGUCGCUUGGUGAUUGGCUACGACCAUUUCAAGGAGAACCCCAAGAUCCAGCACUUGAAGGAUGGCAUCUUGCACUACAACCAGCAGUUGAAGUUUUUGCAUCUUUCCGACCACCAGGUGGAGGAGAUCACUGACAACCAUCUUAUGCAGUUGCGCAUGUUGCCGGUGUUCUUAGCGAGGUUAUUCCAAGUGAUUGUGCUCUUUAUCUUGGCGCUUCCAGGCGCCAUCCUCUUUGCCCCCGUCUUCAUCGUCACCAAGCGUGUAUCCAAAAAGAAGGCAGCGGAGGCGCUCGCCGCGUCGACGGUCAAGGUCAGAGCCAACGAUGUCCUCGCCACGUGGAAGAUUUUGAUUGCAAUGGGUCUUUCGCCGCUUUUGUACAUCUUCUAUGCCUCCAUUGGGACCUACUACUGUUACUAUCGCGAAAUCUUUGCCAGCUGGCGCUUGUCGCUUGUCUUUUGCACGCUCUACAUUUCGGGCGCGUCCAUCACGUACGCCGCGCUCAUAGUCGGCGACCAGGGUAUGGAUAUCCUCAAAUCCUUGCGGCCGUUGUACUUCUCGCUCACCACCACGUCCUCCGUGUCGGAAUUGAAGCAGACCAGACAGGAGUUGUCCGAGCAGAUCACCGAGGUGGUUAACGAGCUCGGACCCGAGUUGUUCCCUGACUUUAACUUGUUGGAGCAGAAGCGCAAGGUGAAGAGAGGCGUGGAUAUGGGUUUGGACAGCGACGCGGAGGAGGAGGCCAAGACCCAGGAAUUGCGCCAGAGAAGAGCCAAGAAGCGUGCCGAGGCCAAGAGGCAGGUUGUGCCAUCGGACGGCGGCGACUCUUUCUCCGACUCCGAUGGUGUUUCCCGCAUCAACUCCUCCAACGACUUGUCCGACAUUCCGAUGUUCUCCAACUACAACAAGUCGUCCAUGAUGAACUUCAGAGCCUACGCCUCGUCCAACACGUCCGAGAGCGAGAGCGAGAUGGAGGCCAGCAACGGCUUCAAGGGUCAAACCUUGUUGUCCUCCAGAAUCAGAGAGAAAAUGUUCGAGGACAGAAAGUUGACCGACUUGAAAAUCGGUGCCGACACCGAGGACGAGGACGAGGAGAAGGAGGCGUAA